GGCAGAAUCUCCUGUUUCUGUAGCAAGAAGCAGCUUGAUGAACAAGUACAGAACGUUAGUGAAUGUCGGUUAAAAUGUACGAUUUAAUGUUAAUUAUCUAAUUAGCUGUCCCCUAUGACAUCUCUGACCUUUCUCCGUAAUUGAACCGGGAAAGGAACAGGGUCAGGGAUAACCAUGAGUGAAGACACUGAUGGACUGGCAGAGCUGGCAGAGCUGGACUCUGAGCACAAUGCAGAGCUGGCUGACAUGGUGGCCGCCAUGAACGUGGCAUCCAACCGGAUGACCCCUCCCAACGGCCACCGAAGGCCCCUUGCACCAGCGCGCCGGAAGCUGUCAUUGUCAGACAGGAAGCUAUCAUUGCAGGAGCGAUCAACCCAGCCGCGAGAGGCUCGACAGCCCACCAUCGAGUCCAAGCGGGUGUCCAUUUCAGAUUCCCAGGAUUGUAUCCAGCUCAACCAAUACAAGUUGAAGGAUGAGAUUGGAAAGGGCUCAUAUGGUGUGGUGAGAUUAGCUUACAAUGAAGAUGAUGAACAAUACUAUGCAAUGAAAGUUUUUUCAAAAAAGAAGCUGAUGAAGAUGUGUGGAUUUCCUCGACGCCCCCCUCCCCGAGGAGCCAGCACAGAACAGGGACUGCCACCCAAACCCCUGGGGCCACUGGAGAGAGUCUACCAGGAGAUCGCCAUCCUGAAGAAACUAGACCACCUUAACAUUGUCCAUCUGGUGGAGGUUCUUGAUGAUCCUGCUGAAGACAAUCUCCACAUGGCCUUUGAGUUAAUGCCAAAAGGCCCAGUGAUGGAGGUGCCCUCAGACACUCCCUUCACAGAGGAACAAGCCCGCUUUUACUUCAGAGACAUAAUUCUGGGGAUUGAAUACUUGCACUACCAGAAGAUCAUCCACAGAGACAUCAAGCCUUCCAACCUGUUACUGGGAGACAAUGGGCAUGUGAAGAUUGCAGACUUUGGUGUCAGUAACCAGUUUGAGGGGAGUGAUGCUCUCCUGUCCAGCUCAGCAGGGACUCCAGCCUUCAUGGCCCCAGAGAUGAUGACUGAUCAUGAGCAGAGCUUUACUGGCAAGGCCUUGGAUGUGUGGGCCAUGGGAGUCACCCUGUACUGCUUUGUCUAUGGGAAGUGCCCUUUCAUCGAUGAAUACAUCAUCGGCCUGCACAAUAAGAUCAGGAACAGGCCUGUGGAGUUCCCAAACAUGCCUGAAGUAUGCAAGGAGUUGAAGGAGCUUAUUAUAAGGAUGCUGGAUAAAAAUCCUGAUUCAAGGAUCACCAUUCCUGAAAUCAAGGAGCAUCCGUGGGUGACGGAGGAUGGCACUGACCUUCUACCCCUGGAGGAAGAGCACUGCACCGUGGUGGAGGUGACUGAGGAGGAGGUCCAAAACUCCAUCAAACUCAUCCCCAGUCUGUCUGCUGUGAUCCUGGUGAAGUCCAUGCUGAGGAAGAGGUCUUUUAGUAACCCCUUUGAGUGUCACAACAGGAGGGCAGAGAGGUCUAUGUCUGCUCCAGGAGGUCUCCUUGCGGACUCUUGGGGGCGACUGGAAACCGAGGUUCAUCCUUCAUUGAGGAAAUCAAGCAGAGAAGGAGAGUUGGAUGGAAACGGAGAAGGAGAGUUGGAGGACCUUACUGAAGAUGAUGGUACACUUGCAGAGGGCUGCUGGUAAAACCCUUUUUUCUGACAGACCUGUUCAAAGCAAACUCUUUGCUGUGUCUUCAUAUAAUAUGUCAUAUUAAUGUAAUAUAUUUGAAGAGAGAUCCAAAUGAAAGAGCUCACCCUUACAGUCAUUUAGAAAGAUUUGUGAUAACUACAGUACAAACCAUGUAUUAGGUUUUUAACUUUUGUCUUAUUCCAUCUGCGUGAUGUUUGUGUCUGCUGUUAACAUAGGGUUUCAUUGUCUGUUCAUGAUGUACUGUACUAUAUUACUCAUAAUGGUCUGAAUGCCUUUUGUACUAUUAGCUCUGUGUUUUACAAAUAUUACACCUAUGUAUUGAACUGAAAUGUGGUUGUUACAAUGUAAAUAUGUACCAUUCUAAAGAAGUAAUUUUUGCAUGCUUUCAUACAGUUGAUGUUGAAGAUAAUUAAAGGUAGCAAUUUAACAUUCUUGUUUUUUCUCUGGAUGGCUCUCUCUAGCAUGAUGUUCUGGCUCUUGUACGCAGGUGUUAUUAAUGUCCUAUAGUGCAAGCAAUCUUUCAUCUGGGGCCGUUUCAAAAGAAAGAGUAGGACUAAAGGCUUUAUUUUUAAUAUAUAUAUUUUUUACUGUUUUACAAAUUGAAGUGAGUGAUAUCAUAUCUAGAUGUCAAAUGGACUUCUGGAACGUGUCAGAAUAGCUUUUAGGAUUUAAGAGGGAAAAACAAGUUACGUCGACACAAAGUCUACAUUGUGAGGAGCUAAAAUGUGCAGCUUAUUCUGAAUCAUCUCAGCUGACAUGAAAGUAAUAUAAUAUCAUAAUGUAAACACUUGAAUAAAAAAAAAUCCACCUGUUUUUGUUUUCGGGUCAGACUUUUUAAAAUUGGUAUUUCUGAAAAGCUGAAGUAUACCACAUAAUUUUCAACAAUAUGACCACCUAUUUGUUCAAUAGUUCAUAUUGAUAUUCCGUCAUGUCACCGCCCAGUAGGCUAUUCAAGUAUGUCUCUCUGACACCAUCCACAUGCUUUUGGAAAAAAAAACGAACUGGAAUAACACUUGUAUUAUUGUGGCAGGGUAUGAACCUUAGUUUUGGUCAGUGUUUCCCCUGUGACCUUAAUUAGGAUGGGACAGGUCAAACGUAUCAAAGCGCCCCUGUGACUUGUUUAGGUAAGAGAUGUUGUACUUGAAGUUGGUGGAAAAUGUGUCUGAGAACAAUUUUGAGAACAAUGUUGUUUUUAAUAAAUAUUUGUGGUGUGGUAA